AUGAUUGCCAACUGGGCAAAAGCUGUUGAUAUAUUGGACAAACGUGAAAAUAUCCUGAAAAUGAUACAAGCCUUGCUUAGUUCUCCUUGCUUACCACAAGACUCUGAAGAGGAAUUAAUUCAAAACAAAUAUGAUCGAAUCAUCAGGUUCAGAUCUGUAACCAACAUGAUAUUGGUGGGAACAACUGUAGGAUUAACAGUCAUCGAAUCAUACUUUUGUGAUCUCCCUUUCCAAAAGUUAGCAUAUAACGCAUGGUAUCCAAUGAAUUUAUCAAUUUAUACCAACUAUUUGUUGGCAUGGAUCCAUCAAAGUAUAGCUCAUAUCUAUGGAGCACUGAUUUCUGCUGAUUAUGAUACUUUUGUUUCUGGAUUCAUGCUCCAAAGCUGUGCCAAGUUUGAUAUCUUAAACUACCGUCUUAGCAAUAUAUGUCGCAAAAUUCAAAGCAAUGUAAUGAAGUCAGGAUAUGAUAAUAAAAGUGAAUGUACAGAAAAAAUGUUAGUAGAAUAUAGUUCCAUGUUCAGCAGAUUUACAAACGAUACAUUCAGUUCCAUCAUACUCUUUCAGUUUUCAGUGAGCACUGGAGCUAUUUGUGUGACAGUCUACUCCUUAUCCCAGAUACCGGUCAGCCAUCCUUAUUUUCCUGUAUUAAUGAUUUAUUUAGCAUGCAUGCUGGUACAGCUUUUUCUUUAUUGCUAUGCUGGGACCGAAGUAACUCUUAAGAGUGCUGAUGUGGCUGAAGCUAUUUACUGCAAUGUUGAUUGGUGGACAACAAGUAUUGGUGUACAGAAAAAAUUAUUGUUCAUGAUGUUACGAAGCACAGACUUAGUAACAUAUACUUGUGGGAAAAUCUUUGAUUUAUCCAUCGAAUCAUACAAAAAUGUAAUCAAAUUAUCUUAUUCGACAUUUAAUGUUCUUCAACAAUCAUAA